UCUUUCUCAACUCUUUCCAUUCUACCCUUAUCUUCUUAUCCCCAUCUCUAGGACUAUUAACUAUGUCGGACACCGCUGGAAAAGUUAUCAAGUGCAAAGCCGCAGUUUGCUGGGCAGCUGGCGAGGAGCUCAAAGUCGAAGAGGUUGAGGUCGCACCUCCGAAAGCGCAUGAAGUUCGCAUUCACAUCCUGCAUACUGGCAUCUGCCAUACGGAUGAGUACACUCGAAGUGGGAAGGACCCGGAAGGUCUCUUCCCCGUGAUCCUCGGUCAUGAAGGUGGUGGAAUUGUCGAAUCUGUCGGCGAAGGCGUCACCAGCGUCCAACCCGGUGAUCAUGUUAUCCCCCUAUACACAGCAGAAUGCCGAGAGUGCAAGUUCUGUAAGAGUGGGAAGACUAACCUGUGUGGAAAAGUUCGUACGACGCAAGGACAGGGCGUCAUGCCUGAUGGAACCAAACGCUUCACGUGUAAGGGCCAGGAGAUCCAUCACUUCAUGGGAACUUCGACUUUCUCGCAGUACACAGUUGUCGCCGAUGUAUCUGUUGUAGCAAUUAACAAGGCAGCUCGUCUGGACCGCGCCUGUCUUUUAGGUUGUGGUAUUACCACAGCUUGGGGAGCAGUCGUAAAGCAGCCUGGAAUUAAGGGAUCCAGUGUCGCAGUGUUUGGCUGUGGUGCAAUUGGGCUCGGCGUCAUCCAGACAUCUUCACUUGUUGGUGCAUCGCGUAUCAUCGCGGUUGACACCAAUCCUAACAAGAAGAGCUGGGCUGAGAGGAUGGGAGCGACGGAUUUCAUCAAUCCGCUCGAGCUUCCUCAAGGGAAGAGGAUUCAGGACUUCCUCAUUGAAGUUACGGAUGGUGGUCUUGACUAUACGUUCGACGCAACUGGAAAUGUUCAAGUCAUGCGCGCAGCUCUCGAGGCCUGUCAUAAAGGAUGGGGUAUCUCGACAAUCAUCGGUGUUGCAGCUGCUGGUCAAGAAAUAUCUACCCGACCUUUCCAACUCGUUACUGGCCGUACAUGGCGCGGAUCUGCGUUCGGUGGCGUGAAGGGUCGAACUGAGCUUCCGGGACUCGUUGAAGACUAUCUCGCCGGGAAGGUAAAGGUGGACGAAUAUGUUACCCACCACCGCAAGUUUGAUGAGAUUAAUGCAGGCUUCCAUGAUAUGCAUGCCGGCGAUUGUAUUCGCUGUGUUGUCGACAUGACCACUAUCUGAUAAGUUUACGCGGAGGGACUAAAACGGUGCAGUUCAUUUUAGUAACAGAAAGUGCUUUAUGCUAUAAACAAUUGUUGAUCAGCUAUGUAUCAAUAUAUACGAUGAACGUGACAUUUUAUAAUGAAUUUGCG